GCUUCACUGAACAUCUCUGCUUGUGAAUCUCUGUGCGUCUAAAAACUGAUUGCUUAUUUAACAAAGUUAUCGAUAGCAUCAGAAAAUUACACAAAAUGGCCGGAACACAGGAGAGUUUGGGAAAAGGCAGCCCAGCUCCAGGACCAGUACCUGAUGGAUCAAUUAGAGUUUAUAGCAUGAGAUUUUGCCCAUUUGCCCAGCGGGCAAGGCUUGUCCUAGCUGCAAAAGGAAUAAACCAUGAAUUGGUAAACAUAGACUUAGAAAACGAGCCAGAGUGGUUUGUGGAGAAGAGCCCAUUUGAUGCGGUACCUGUUCUGGAGACGAGUAAGGGUCAGUUGAUCUAUGAAUCUAUAAUAGUGUGUGAUUACCUGGAUGAGGCUUUUCCUGGAAAGAAGCUAAACCCUAAAGAUCCCUUCCAAAGAGCACAACAGAAGAUGAUACUAGAACACUUCUCCAAGAUAAUUACGGUGUUAUAUAACAUCCUUCAUGCAAAGCAAAACAAGGAAGAUACAACAGGACUAAAAUCAGAAGUGCAAAAAAAGCUAAUUGCAUUGGAUGAGCGUCUAGGUAAACUGAACAGCAGUUUCUUUGGAGGAGAUUCUGUAUCCAUGAUUGAUUACAUGAUCUGGCCCUGGUUCGAACGAUUUAAACUUUUUGAUGUGAAGGAAUGUUUGAAUAAAACCUCACGAUUAAAUGAGUGGUAUCAGCGUAUGCUGCAGGAUACAGCAGUCAAAGCAACCUUUACUGAACAUAACCUUCACUAAGCGUUUAUAAAACUUUAUUUGAAAGACAGUGUUGACGCUGCUGAUUAUGGCCUAUAAAAAGCAGUAUCAUCCAACCUCUUCCUGUCUCUUUGCAGUACAUUGUUAUGCAAACGCACUGAAUGUAUUGCAGUCUUUGUUAAAAAUGUAAUAGUUUACCAACAAAUAAGCAUAUAUUUAAUCAUCUAAUUUCUUCAAUCUGUACACAUUAGAUCAUAUGGAAAUCUUAUUUUUUCUUUUUUUAAAACACAGGAAUGCUAAGCUUAGGAGCGGGCCCAUAUUUUGUUGAUAACCUGUGUUAUGCUUGCUUAUUGGUGGCUAAAUGUAGCCACCAAUAAGCAAGUACUAAAUAAAGGUAGCAAGAGAAUGAAGAGAAAUUGAUAAUGGAGUUGCUUAAAAUUGCAUGCACUAUCGGAAUCAUUAAAGAAAAAAUUUGGAGAGCUUGCUUUUGAAGGCUGAAUGUAGAUGGAUAUAUUUAUAACCUAAGGGUCUAAAUGAAUGGUACACUUAUGUUUAUUUAUAAAUUCAAGUACAAAUAAUCUGCUUUAUUAAACAUCAUACACACAAAA